ACAUCCACACUGUGGCUGUUGACCAGAGCAGAGGCAGGUGGGAACGCGGGACAUACUUCAGCCCCCACCUUCUCUCUCUCGCUCCCACCUUCUCUCGCUCUCGCUCUCUCUCUCUCUCUCUCCCCAUUUCUCUGUCCUCUUUUAUUCAUUCCUGUGCAUGGGCAAGGGGGACUAAGAUGGACUCUUUGGGUCUUUUCAUCCUUCUGCUGCUUCUGUGUUUCCAGGGGACAGCUGCUUCUGAUGCCAACAAAAGUCCCUGGACCUACACUGGCUCGGUGGGUCAGUCGCAGUGGUCCGAGUAUUUCCCAGACUGUGGUGGAACAUCUCAAUCCCCUAUUGAUGUGGUAACCACCCAGACUAAAUAUGACCCCACUCUGAGUCCUCUGACCCCACUGGGUUACAAUCAACACGGCAGCAAACCCUUCACUCUGCACAAUAACGGACACACAGUGGUGAUCGAGCUGCCAGAGUGGAUGGGACUGGGGGGGCUGCCCUGGCUCUUUACGGCUGUACAAAUGCACCUCCACUGGGGCAAUGGCGGCCCGGACCAUGGCAGCAGUGAACACACCAUCAACGGUCUGAGUGCAGAUGCAGAGCUUCAUGUGGUUCACUACAACUCUGAACUCUACCCCAACAUUUCUGCAGCGAUGAGACAAAGAAACGGCCUGGCUGUUUUAGGAAUUCUCAUUGUGACAGGUGAGGAGACCAACCUGGCAUUCAACAACAUCCUCAGCUACCUGAGCCGCAUCAGAAACGCAGACCAGAAAGCAUUUAUCCCAGCGUUUGACGUCCAAUCCCUGCUCCCGAAGGAUCUGGGAAGCUACUACCGCUACAACGGUUCCCUUACGACGCCACCAUGUUAUCAGGGCGUGAUCUGGACGCUGUUUCACGAGAUGGUUCAGAUCUCAAAAGCACAGCUGCUAAAGUUAGAGACGAUACUUUACGCCAGCAGAGCUGAAGACCACGAGAAGAUGCUGCUGCAGGACAACUACCGCGUGACACAGCCACUCAACCGCAGGGUCAUCUUCACUUCCUUCUCUGGAGAAUCAAGGAAGGAGCUCACUUCUGGCGAAGUCACUGCCAUCGUGAUAGGAGUGAUGUGUGGCUGUGUAGGUCUGGCGGUCAUCGUUCGCUUCAUUGUGAAGACAAUACGAUUUUUUACUCUCCUUCACCAUGAAAGAGUUGCGGUAAACAGAACAAAGGAGCCAGAGACAGCAAAAGAGAAACAACAAGACGUGGUACUGAACUCAACCACUGAAGGACAAAAGACAGAAGAGUCCUCAUCAUUUCUUCAGACUGAGCCUUAGCUGACUGUUCACUUCAGGCCCCGUUCAGGUGCUCAGUGACAAAUGUUCUCCUCUCUGAUGCCAUCAUCAUUGGUCUAGGGGACAGAAAACAAACAUGUGCACACCCAGCACUUGUAAAUAUGCAGUGGGAAUUUUUUUAAUUUAAAUUUUUUAAAAAACAAAACAGCGAAGGAUGAACUGAACACAGGACAAAUCACCUGCUGACCCGGUGACUUAAAUGAUCUCUGUUAUUUUCUCCCCCAUCUGAAUCCAGAGAUGUUGGCAGUCUUAUCAGUAUCUGACAUUUCCUGUUUGCAUGUGAAGCACUGUGUGUAAAUAAGUCAGUUUGCUGACUCUGAGUUGCAUGAUUUGGUCAAUGUAAAUAAUAUACAUGUAUGCAGUAGAGUGUUUUCUUUUCACGUUUGGCCAUACUUUCAUCAUGUUCAUCCUGCAUUGAAACAUGAGCACACUGUGUUUUUUUUAAAUGUAAUAGACUUGUUUGUUGUUUUAUUAAUAAUCAAUGUAAUAUCAUGUUAUUUCGCCUUGAGAGUUGAUAAUUAACACAAAGUGGACAAUGUGACAUUAAAACAUGAGAUUUAAAGGUGA